GAAACUGACAGAUAAAUUAGAUCAAUCAAAAAUAAAAAUAAAGAGUAAAAAUAAAGAAAAAGUUUAUUUUGAGAAAGCAAAACUCUGUAUAACUGGUCUUUGAAUUUAUAAUUAAUACUGUAUUAGAUAUGACUGAAACGAUGAGUCUCUAUCAUGAAAAACAAAUAAGAGAACUAUGUGCCCUACAUGCUUUAAAUAAUUUAUUUCAAUCCAAAGGUACAUUUUCUAAAGCUGAAUUAGAUUUAAUAUGCAUUUCUCUAUCACCAAAUCAUUGGAUAAAUCCGCACAAGUCCAUGCUGGGACUUGGAAAUUAUGAUAUUAAUGUAAUUAUGAAGGCUUUACAAGACAGAGGCUAUGAAGUAAUUUGGUUUGAUAAAAGAAGGGACCCUUCUUGUUUAGUUCUUGGUAAUAUAUUUGGUUUUAUUUUAAAUAUACCAAGUGAAUACAAAUUAGGCUUUAUUACUUUACCUGUUUGGAGGCGGCAUUGGAUAACUAUAAAGCAAAUAAACUGUGGUUACUAUAAUUUAGACUCAAAACUGGAUGCACCACAAUUAAUUGGUGGGGACCAGGAGGUUAUAAAUUAUUUAAGAGACGAGGUAGAAUCCAAAGACAAGGAGUUAUUCUUAGUAGUCACAAAUGAAGUUUCGAAGGACCAAAGUUGGAUAGAAGAUACAGAAAUUCAACCAUUAGCUAAUGGCCGGGAUGCAGAUAUUAUUCAGCUGAGUGAUGUUCAUUGAAAACUGCCCUUUUAAACAUAUUUUUCUUAUUGGUGAUAAUAAAAUAUUCUUUUCUAU